AUGGACCAGAGCAUCCAGCUGCAGCUCCCAACUGACACCAUCGAACGUCGUCGACUGCAAAAUCGAAUUGCCCAGCGGAAAUUCCGUCAAAAAAGACAACAUAACUCCGCUGAUGCUGUUGGCAGAUCUGAGCUAGCUUUCCAUCAGGGCAUUAACACCAUCGAUACUCCAAUUUCCAUUGAUUCGGGGUUAUUUCCCUCUACCGAGGCCUUUACUUCCGAGAGUAAUGCCCCUCAUGUUGACACUGCCAAUCCCGAUCUAGAGAAUGUUGAUUUCGGAGAAUGGAGCCUUGAUGCCAUGGACAGCAUUUUCCCUAGCAAUGACAUCUCAUUCUCAACAACUGAUGCUUCGCCUUUCCACUCCUCGCCAGCUGCUAAUCACACCUCCAUAAACCCCCCAAUCACUAGCACUAUUACUCCCCGUCCUCAUCCACGUGCACUCAUCUCAGCGCAGCCCGCCGAGCUUGCCAACAUUCCACCCGCACCCACCCAAGGCAAUGGCUGGCUAAGCGCCGUACACAUCGCCGCGCGCAACGGCAACAACCUCAUCCUCAACAUCCUCAUUCAGCAAAACGCCGACCUACACGAGAAAGACAAUGACGGGCGCACCCCGCUCAUCUACGCCGUGAUCGAGGGCCACCUCAGCACCGUCGCCUCGCUAUUAGCCCAUGGAGCACGCAUAGACGAGGUGGACUGUGAUGAUCGGUCCGCGUUGCAUUGGGCUGUGUUGCACCAGAGACAGGAGAUACUCAAAAUGCUCCUGGAACGGAAACAGGAACAGGGGCUGGAUGUUGAUGCGUAUGAUUUUAGCAGCUGGACGCCUAUGCACAUGGCUAUUUACCUCGAGUUUGAAGAGGGUGUCAAGAUGCUUCUGGAAUAUGGAGCGAAUAUCACAAUCAAGGCGCGCAAGUGUCCGUAUGCUGAGAAAGUGCUCCCGGGGGUACUGACGAGGAGAGUGGUCUGA